GACUAAGACGUGCGACGGAUGUACGUGACAGCGAAGCUGUGUAGUUUUAGCUGUGCUGACGAACCACAACCAGCUGUCAAACUUAUCAGCAAUCAUCCAUUUUUCUGUCUUUAACUUUUCUUCUCCUUUAGUUUUGUCAGAUAUUUUCCCAAGACAAGUGGAGUUUCUCAAAUUUCAAGUAUGGGUCGUAGCUAUAUAGUAGAAGAUGAUGUGGAGGGAUAUUUGUCUAAACUCUGUUCACAACAAGCAGGUACAGUCACAGGCCUGCUCAUUGGACAGAGUUCAGUCCAGAGAGAUUUUGUUGUCAUGGCAGUGCGGACACCCCAGAAAGAAGAGUCUGAAGAAGAUGGGAAGUUGGUGGACAAAGAGUGGGUCACCGAACACGCUCGACAGGUGUCCAGGAUGUUGCCCGGAGGCCUGUUUGUGUUGGGAGUCUUUAUAAUAUCUGAUAGUGAUGCCAAGGACGCACUAACCACACUCCGACAGUUGGUGUUUGCAGUGAACAAUUUAAUCUCCUCGGAGCAGCUGUGGAGCUCUUCAGAUGAUGACGUCACAGACUGCGUCACGCUGCACGUCAAUCCCAAAACCAGGAAAACUGUCUGCAGAACCUUUGACGUCAAAGACCCAAAGAGUGUGGCCAGGCCUGCAGACUGGAAGCACCAGUCAGGCGUGUGCUCCUCCUGGGCCAUGGUGUCAUGUUGGCUGCAAGUGGACAUGUUGGUACCUCUGCCAAAUAUGACCAGUGCAAAAACCAUUGAUCAUUGUCUCAAGGAAGAGCUGGAAUCAUGGGCACACCAAAUUGAAAGUGGAGUUUGUUUGAUUGAUGGGAAAAAGCUUCCAGAGGACUUCGAGCUCAAAGGAGGGCAGAAAAGGAACUUGAAACAGUCGUACACAGCUCAGCUGCUCAUCAAACCGGAUGUGCAGAGGUCAGCAGAUGUGGUGCAGAGGUGUGGAGGCAGUGUGUCGGUCAGCGGCGCUAUCCACAGUCGAGCUUUCUUCCACAGCAACAAACCAAAAGCCAAACUGGCAGAGAAGCUGCUGAAGAGGGAUGUAGUUUCUACAGUGGCCACAAGGGUUCAGAUGUUGCUGGAGGAGUUACUGACGUCUGAUGAAGCGAGCAGCCGAGACAAAAGACAGACGGAGCAGUUCUUCCUCCCUCGGCGUGUCUUUUGUCCAGUGAAAGGUUCGCUGUGUGUGAGUGAUUACCAGUUCAGUGACGAGGGUGUGUCUGAGCUGACCGAGCGGCUCAAGGAGAUGCUCGACAUGGAUGCAGCCGAGGAAGACUUGGACACGACACAGGAAAUACCUGCUGAAAUGAUACAGAGCGAUGCUACAGCAGAACCGACUGCAGAAACUGUUGACACACCUGAACCCAAGAGGAACAACUUUAUUGGUGUUGCCAUGGCUACAGCUGCUGUCCUGUUGGCCGCUGCUGCCUCGAUGCUGUAUCUCAGUGACGUUUGAGAUGUAU